AUGGUUUACUUCGUUGGAAACCAGCCUUUAGAGAUCGGAACUCUGUUUCAAAAUUCACUGGGGAAAAAUUAUAGGAACCCAGAUAAUUCUGUUAAGAAAGAAAAUAUACCAUUUAACCUCGAUGUAAAUUACAUUCCCAUAGACUACGAUUAUGACGCUAAAUUGGUAAAAUUUAACAAUAAUAGUUAUACCAAUGACCAGGAUGAGUUUUCUGACGUUCCGCAACCAACUGAGGACACUAAUGUUUCUGUGGCCCAACAACCGGAUUCAAUGGUAGAGACAGAAUUACCCAAGUCCUUCAAUAUAAAUAACGUUUCAAGGAUGUCAGAACCCAGUUCAAAUUUAUUAAUGGAUUCCUCUGUUAAUAAUAACCUAUUUCAAGACGUAAUUUCUAACGCAAGCUAUAAUAUUAAUAGCAAAGAAACUUAUAAAAAUAGAACUGGAGAAAUUGAUAGGUACUAUAAUGAUAGUAUGAAAGGUGAAGAUGAUGAAGAGUCAAUUAAAGUUGAUAUUAACGACUUUUUGUCAAACGAUGGUAAGAUAGAGUCAUUCAAUGAAAUGAUGCUGCCUGAUCGAAAUAAAUUACAUUUACAAUUAUUGAACACAUUUGAUUCGUAUGUUCCAGUAGAUGAAAAUAUACAUUCGGAUUCAAUACUAGAUGCCCCUAAUCUAAUCAAAUCUGCUGAACUUACAAACCUGAGAAGGUUGUCGAGAAGUGCGAAGCCUGUCAUUUCCAAUAAAUCUUCGACAAUUUUAUAUGGUCAAGCAAAUAAUCCACGUAACACAGUCGGUUUAAAAUCGCAAAAGAUAGAUCCACCACUUAUACAAAAUAAACAUGAUUUGGUGUCAAAUAAAAUGAAAGGAAUGAAUAACACAUCAGAACAUAAACAUAAAUAUAAAACAAUAAUUAAAGUCCAAAAUUCUAAAAAUUUGAAAAAAUCCAAUAAUAUUGUUGAAAAGAGAUAUAGAUCUAACAUUAAUGAGAAAAUGACAUAUUUAAAGGAGAUUGUACCAUCGUUGAGAGUUGCUAGUAAGAGAGAAAACGGUAUACCUAUAAUUAAAGAGGAUUCGAUUGAUUUAGAUGGGUUGCAACCUGCAAAAAAAUUAAAUAAAGCAUCGAUAUUGUUAAAAACUAUAGAGUAUAUAAGGCAUUUAGAAAAUAAAUGUCAUAAUGGUAUCCAAGGUAAUAAUAAUACAAAUGAUAGAUACCGGAACUAG